AUGCCUCCUCCACCGCAUAUCAAACCUGAGAAUGUCCUCAAGAGGGCCCAGGAACUUAUCGCCGUCGGUCAGGCACCCGCCGCCCUGACCGUCCUGCACGAACAUGUCACUUCCAAGCGGACCCGCAGCAGUCCUAUCGCCUCGCUCGAGCCGGUGAUGCUCCUCUUCGUUGAGCUGUGCGUCGACCUGCGCAAGGGAAAGGCGGCCAAGGACGGCCUGUACCAGUACAAGAACAUCGCCCAGAACACCAACGUCGGCACCAUCGAGGUUGUCCUCAAGAAGUUCAUUGAACUCGCCGAGCAGAAGGUCACCGAGGCCCAGACCAAGGCCGACGAGAUCCAGUCGUCCCUUGAGUCCGCCGCCCCCUCCUCCAACAUCGACGACCUGGAGGCCAUCGAAACUCCCGAGACCAUCUUGCUGGCUACCGUCUCUGGCGAACAAUCUCGUGAUCGCACCGACCGCGCCGUCGUCACUCCAUGGCUCAAGUUUCUGUGGGAGACCUACCGUACCGUCCUCGAGAUCCUGAAGAACAAUGCCCGUCUCGAAAUUAUGUACCAGUCGACCGCUCUGCAGGCCUUCCAGUUCUGCCUCAAGUACACCCGCAAGACCGAGUUCCGCCGUCUUUGCGAGCUGCUCCGCAACCACGUUCAGAAUGCCGCCAAGUAUUCUGCUCAGAUGCACGCUAUCAACCUGAGCGAUGCGGAUACUCUGCAACGCCACCUAGACACCCGUUUCCAGCAGCUUAACGUCGCCGUCGAGCUGGAGCUGUGGCAAGAGGCCUUCCGCAGCAUUGAGGAUAUCCAUACCCUGCUGAACCUGAGCAAGCGCCCGGCCAAGAACGUCAUGAUGGCCAACUACUACGAGAAAUUGGCUCGUAUUUUCUUGGUCAGCGAGAACUAUCUCUUCCACGCUGCCGCCUGGAACCGGUACUACAACCUCCUUCGCCUGUCUACCGUGGCCCUGGCUACCGGCCAGAGCACCAAGAAGGAGAACCCCUCCGUCACCGAGGCCGAUAUGACCAAGGCCGCCUCGUUCGUUCUUCUCUCUGCUCUCUCCAUUCCUGUCAUCAGCACCACCCGCUCCCGGGGUGCUCUGGUCGACGUUGAUGAGGCCCGCAAGAACAAGAACACCCGCCUCACCAACCUGCUGGGUAUGGCUCAGCCCCCGUCUCGCUCGGUCCUCUUCCGCGAUGCUCUGAACAAGGGUCUUCUUAAGCGUGUCCGUCCUGAGAUCCGGGAUCUGUACAAUAUCCUGGAGGUUGACUUCCACCCUCUGUCCAUCUGCAAGAAGAUUACACCUAUUCUGAAGCAGAUUGGCGCCGAUCCCGAGAUGGAGAAGUAUGUGCAGCCUCUGCAACAGGUUAUUCUUACUCGCCUGUUCCAGCAACUCUCCCAGGUCUAUGAGUCCGUCGAGCUCAAGUUCGUCUACGAGCUUGCCCAGUUCCCCGAUCCUUUCCAGAUCACCCCCGCCAUGAUUGAGAAGUUCAUCAUGAACGGUUGCAAGAAGGGUGAUCUUGCUAUCCGCGUGGACCACAUUUCUGGUGUCCUCACCUUCGACUCGGACGUCUUCUCCUCGUCCAAGGCAAUGCACGCCGGCAGUGCUGCUGGCUCUGCUGAGAGCGAGGUUGGCUCCGUGCAGCGUCUCCAGCACACCCCCGCCGAGAUUGCCCGCUUCCAGCUCGCUCGCCUGGCGAAGACUCUCCACGUCACCUGCAUGUAUGUUGACCCGUCCUACAACGAGGCUCGUCUGCAGGCCAAGCAGGCUGCUCAGGCCCGCGCUCUGGCUGGUGCCGCCCAAGAACACGACGAGACUUUGGCUCGCCGUGUCGUUAUCGACAAGAAGAAGGAGGCCGCCACCGACGCUCUCCAGCGCAAGCAGCGCGAGGAGGAGACCCGGAAGCGCAUUCGCACCCAGCAAUUGCAGGAGGCUGAGAAGCUGCGCCUUGCCAAUGAGCAGAAGGAGCGCGAGAGCAAACGGAUCAAGGACGAACAAGACCGUAUUCGCCAGGAAGAGCUCAAGAAGCAGCUCGAGGAGCUUAAGACUGGUGUCAAGGGUAUCGAUAUCAGCGAGUUCGAUAUGGAUGAGCUCGACGCCAACCGCCUGCGUGCUAUCAAGCUUGCUCAGCUCGAGAAGGAGAAGAACGAGCUUAACGACCGUGUUCGUACCACCGCCAAGCGUAUCGACCAUCUGGAGCGUGCCUUCCGCCGCGAGGAGCUCAAGCACAUCCCUGCCGACUACGAGAAGCAGAAGCAGCACGAUCUGGAGCUCUACGAGAAGCAGAAGGCGGAGACCCUCAAGGAGGCCAAACAGAAGCACGCCGAGGCUGUUGCCCUCAAGCACCGCCUGGGCCGCCUUGUUCCCCACUUCAGCAGCUUCCGCAAGGACCUGUCCGAGAAGCGCCAUGAGGAGUUCGAGAAGCGCCGCAAGGCCGCUGAGCGGGAGUUCGAGGCCAAGAAGAAGCAGCGUAUCAAGGAGGUCCAGGACCGCCGUCGUCGCGAGAAGCAAGAGCGCGAGGAAGAGGAGCGUCGCCGCAAGGAAGAGGAGGAGCGUGCUCAACGUGAGGAAGAGGAGCGCACCUCCCGGGAGGAGGAACGGCGUCGUGCUUUGGCCGAGGAGAAGGCCAAGCGCGACGAAGAGAGAGCCAAACUCGACGAGAUCGCUGCCCGCCAGGCUCAGCGCGAGCAGGAAGCCGAGGCUCGUCGCACGAACCGCAAGUUCGCCGGCCCUGCUACCGCCGAGCCCGAGCGCGCCGCCAGCGGUGCCCCCCGACUCAGUCUGGCAUCCCGCACUGGUGGCGGUGGUGGAUGGAGAGAUCGUUUGGCUGCCAAGGAGGCCGCCGGUGGAGCUGCCGCUGCCCCUGAGCCCGCCAGGGAGGAGGCUCCUCGCCGUAGUGGAUAUGUUCCUCCUCACCUGCGCAAUGCUGGUGGUGGCUCUGGCUCCGCUCCGCCGCCCCGUGACGCACCUCCCGCUGACCGCUGGGCCCGCCGCGAGCCCGCUCCGCAAUCAUCGGCUCCCCCUGCCGAGGAAAAGCCUAACAGCGGUGGCAAGUGGGUGCCGCGCUGGAAGCAGAACCAGAGCUAA